GACUUCAGUUUCUCGGUUCCGAAGCGACGUCGGGAUUAUUCUUGAUGACAACUCAGGGACAAAUACCUCUUGAUUGACGCUAGAUUGGAUUAGGGCUGCCAGUGGAUGAUUACUUACUCUUCACUUCCCUUUUACUCAAUCGCCUUGUGAACAUCGUAUCAACUCCUACACCGAGAAAAAAACCCAGAAAUAUGAGUAAUCGGCUACGAACGACGCCGCAGACGACCCGGAUCGCUGGACAUCGAGGGUACAGUUCUGACGCUCCGGAGAAUACCCUCGCAGCGUUCCGUAAGGCCCAGGAGAUCGGCGGCAAGGGUGUCACCUGCGAGACUGACCUCGCGCUGACCAGGGAUGGCGAGUUGAUUCUGAUCCAUGAUGAGACGGUGGAUCGCACGACAGACGGCAAUGGCCUCGUUCGCAACAUGGACUAUUCAGAGAUUGCAAAACUCGACGCGGGCCGGUGGUUUAGCGAGGCCUUUGCAGGAGAGCGAGUUCCGCUGUUGAGGGAUGCUUUGUGUCUUGCGCGAGAGCUGGGAAUCAUCUAUCAACUCGAGCUCAAGAUCUACGACCGAAAUGACGACAUCUUCCCCAAGCUGAGAGCACUGAUUGACGAACUUCAGUGCGCCGACCUGCUGCAGUUUUCAUCCUUCGACUUCGUCCAGCUCCGGGCCGUCAAGAAGGCGAUUCCCGAAGUCCCGACCGUCGCGAUAUCGCAUUCUCGGUUGAUCGACCCCGCAGCGGUGGCCCGAGAAGCAAACGUCGACGCAGUCAAUCUGGAGAUACAGCACUUCCCGAGUGGGGAAGCUCGUCAGCUUCACGCGGAGGGCUUCGCCGUCUUCUUACACGUGCCAGCCCCUGAGCGGCUUGCAAAGCUCAAGUCUUACGGCGUGGAUAUAGAGGCCCAGGCUGUUCAAUGGGUUCGAGAAGGAUUGUUGGAUCAGGUCAUAAGUGAUGAUGUGGCGCAGGUGGUCAGGAUCAUGAGUCAGGCUCGGGCUGGGCUGUCCGCCAUUUGA